AGGCGACGAAGGGACGGUGGACCGGGCGCGCCCCGCGCAUCGGGGAGGCUCAGACGACCAGCGUGGGACUGCCACCUGGAGCGCAGCGGCCAGAUCUGAACAGUGAUGGCACAUAUUGUGGUUAAGAGUUGCUCAGUGGACCAUGGAUUGACUGAACUGUAUCCAUUUCCAUCAUGAUGUACACCACUAAGGCUCUUUACUACACCUGUGUUCUGAUUAGAGGCCAAAUAAAUGACAUUUGGAACUUCUGCUAAGGUACGCUAAGCUUUCAUGGUAACAUGGCACCUGGUUUCUCCCUACAAGAGAAGUUCAGCACACAGCACAGUCCUUGAUACGUUGGGUUGGUUUGAUAAUCCUACCUGGAAUAGACUAUGUCAAAGAGUCACAAUGACCUUGCACAAUAACAAUACAACCUCGCCUCUGUUUCCAAACAUCAGCGCUUCCUGGAUACACGGCCCCUCAGAUGCAGGGCUGCCCCCAGGAACGGUCACUCAUUUUGGCAGCUACAACAUUUCUCGAGCAGCUGGGAAUUUCUCCUCUCCAAAUGGCACCACCAGUGACCCCCUGGGAGGUCAUACCAUCUGGCAAGUGGUCUUUAUUGCAUUCUUAACGGGCGUGCUGGCCCUGGUGACUAUCAUCGGUAACAUCUUAGUGAUAGUGGCAUUUAAGGUCAACAAGCAGCUGAAGACAGUCAACAACUACUUCCUCUUAAGCCUUGCCUGUGCAGAUCUGAUUAUUGGGGUCAUUUCGAUGAAUCUGUUUACUACCUACAUCAUCAUGAAUCGAUGGGCUCUGGGAAACUUGGCCUGUGACCUCUGGCUUUCCAUUGACUAUGUGGCUAGCAAUGCUUCAGUCAUGAAUCUUCUAGUCAUUAGCUUCGACAGGUACUUUUCCAUCACGAGGCCGCUCACAUACCGAGCCAAACGAACAACAAAAAGAGCUGGUGUGAUGAUAGGUCUGGCUUGGGUCAUCUCCUUCAUCCUUUGGGCUCCUGCCAUCUUGUUCUGGCAGUACUUUGUUGGGAAGAGAACUGUGCCCCCAGGGGAGUGUUUCAUUCAGUUCCUCAGUGAGCCCACCAUCACCUUUGGCACGGCCAUCGCUGCCUUUUAUAUGCCUGUCACCAUUAUGACUAUUUUAUACUGGAGGAUCUAUAAGGAAACUGAAAAACGUACCAAAGAGCUUGCUGGGCUACAAGCCUCUGGGACAGAAGCAGAGGCAGAAAACUUUGUCCACCCCACAGGCAGUUCUCGAAGCUGCAGCAGCUAUGAGCUUCAACAGCAAAGCAUGAAGCGCUCAUCCAGGAGGAAGUAUGGCCGCUGCCACUUCUGGUUCACAACCAAGAGUUGGAAGCCCAGUGCUGAGCAGAUGGACCAAGACCACAGCAGCAGUGACAGCUGGAAUAACAAUGACGCUGCUGCCUCCCUGGAAAACUCCGCCUCCUCUGAUGAGGAGGACAUUGGCUCAGAGACAAGAGCCAUCUACUCUAUUGUGCUCAAGCUUCCAGGUCACAGUACCAUCCUCAAUUCCACCAAAUUACCCUCAUCAGACAACCUGCAGGUGACUGACGAGGAGCUGGGGACAGUGGACUUGGAGAGGAAAGCCAGCAAGCUGCAGGCUCAGAAGAGCAUGGACGAUGGAGGCAGUUUUCAAAAAAGCUUCUCCAAGCUUCCCAUCCAGUUAGAGUCAGCCGUAGACACAGCCAAGACCUCUGAGGUCAACUCCUCAGUGGGUAAGACCACGGCCACUCUACCUCUGUCCUUCAAGGAGGCCACUCUGGCCAAGAGAUUUGCUCUGAAGACCAGAAGUCAGAUCACUAAGCGGAAACGGAUGUCCCUCGUCAAGGAGAAGAAAGCAGCGCAGACUCUCAGCGCCAUCUUGCUUGCCUUCAUCAUUACCUGGACACCCUACAAUAUUAUGGUUCUGGUGAACACCUUUUGUGACAGCUGCAUACCCAAAACCUAUUGGAAUCUGGGCUACUGGCUGUGCUACAUCAACAGCACCGUGAACCCUGUGUGCUAUGCCCUGUGCAACAAAACAUUCAGAACCACAUUCAAGAUGCUGCUGCUGUGCCAGUGUGACAAAAGGAAGAGGCGCAAGCAGCAGUACCAGCAAAGACAGUCAGUCAUCUUUCACAAGCGUGUGCCUGAGCAGGCCUUGUAGAAGGAGGUUUUAUCAAAAGUGACCAAACGCACACAUCAACCCACAAACCUUAGAAGGGAGUAAGGUGAGGGUGGGGGUGAUUUCUGGUGAUGAUGAAAAUGUUUUUAUCACCCAGAUAUGAAAGAAGCUGCCUGUUUACUGAUCCAUUGAAUAAACUCAUUUUAAUUAAAAAAGUCAAAUACCAAUUCAGCAAAAAAAAAAAAAAAAGCAUAUUACUGAAUAUAAAGGAAUUUAUUCUGAAAUAGACCUUAAGUGUUUUUUCUUAAAGAGGAAAAAAAUUGUUUCAUAGCAAUUAUAUACCCAAACUGAUCUGCUUGGUUCUUUUAAUUCCCGUUGCCUCUGGAAUCGCAGAUGAGCAUAACUAGCUGGCCCCGUUGCCACGUUCUUUCCAAGGAUCCCAAAAAUGUAGAUCCAGACCCCACGUGGAACACAUCAGGCUAGUGCAUCUGUGGUUUUGAAAUUAUUUCACACGUUGCAAAGCUGAACCUUCUUGUCCCAAUAGAGCUUCCCGUCUUUUCUUCGGUGUGUUGUUAAACUCUAUUUGUGGACUUGAUUCUUGAUUCUUGCAAAGUACUGUUUUGUGCAGUUCAAGUUUCGUACAAAUAAAAAUAUAUAAAUAUAUAUAUAUGUGUGAGUUUUGCACACAUACACGUAGUGUAUAUAAUAUAACGGGAAUCACUGAACUGGCAAAUUAUUCCUGCAAUAUAUGCUUUCAGUACUUUGGUGACUGAAGUUCUCUAGGAUCCUAACACAACAUAAAAGUGAAAUAAACCCAGUGCAGUGUUUUGGAAACCAGGGCUGUUUUCCACAAACCGCCCUGGGGAAUAUGCAGCAGAGAGCAGCCAGGCCCUCCCAGCAGGUCUCUGCAGAGCUGACAUCCUCUGGAGUCGGGUUGAGCACCAUGGCUUGACCAAACUGUGAGCGAGCUAGCUCCUUUGUUGAUAUCCUCAACAGAGCUAAGUCAAAUCGGGGCCCCUCUGAGCUCAAAGAAUGAAUCACCUCCACCUGUUUGAAUUUAAUCGUCCCAAUCUGAAUGUUUCCAAACAAAAUUUCUGCUAAGCUGCUUGAAACAAAACAAUAGUGUCACAUUUGAAUGUCAUACACAGCAAUAUAUAUAGCAAAGCAAAAGAGACAUUGUGAGGCGGGAUGAAGGAGAACAUGGUAUUCGAUUUCUUGCUACUUGGCACCUUCUGAAUGAAAAAGGCCAACACCUUUGUUCCCUAGCUGUGGCCAGUGCUUGCUGGUGUUCACUGUGCAACCUUCACCCAGUACUAGGUGGGGUUUAGGAAGUCACAAGUCCUCUGAAGAGAGAACGGCACUUUGAAAAGUAUUACUUCAAAUCAAUUUCCUUACAUUUCAAAAAAAUGAUUUUGUAUUCUCCUCUGAAUUGACCAAAAUGCUAACAGUUCUAUUGCGGGGGAGGGGGUACUGCUGUUGCUGUCAUCUCUGUUUCUGCUGUAAUCGUUGGGGUUCCUUCUUUUCCUUUUG